GGAGCGCACAUUUAAGGCUCUAACGGCUGCGCGCGGAGAAGUGCAGUUUGCGCCACUUUCGCUCCAAACUCUCAAUGGGACCCGACGACUGAAUCCAGCAGCCUGCUACAUCUCUAAACACCCGGAGCCAUGGACUGUUGCGCAUUUGGAUCGGUGCGCCUGUUUCCCUCUGGAUAUUUACGCAUCGCGUUGCUGUGGCUCGUGCAACUCGGAGCGCUCGCGCAACAGGCUCCAGAGUGUUAUCCAGGAGGUCAUCGGAUUUUGCGUAACCCCUAUCGCAGCGUUGACUUUGACUCCACGGAGAUCCAGAACACGGCCAUCCAGGACCUGAUCUGUGACCACUCGCUGUCUCCGGGCUGGUACAGAUUCAAGAUCAACAACAAGCCGGCGGAGAUGCCAACCACCUGCGUGGAGAUGAACCGCUGCGGCACACAGGCUCCGGUGUGGCUGUCGCUGAAGGACGCCUCCCUGCCGCGGCCCGGCGAGGUCCGCCAGCUCUCCGCCUGCGCCACCUGGCAGUUCUUCCACGGCAGCGCCAAAGACUGCUGCCUCUUCCGCAUCCCCAUCACGGUGCGCAACUGCGGCGAGUUCCUGCUCUACCACCUGCAGCCCACGCAGGGGUGCAUGGGAUACUGCGCUAAAGUCACUCCGGAGUUGGGACCCAGACUCUGCCCACCAGGUGAGGUCGAAGUCAACGGCCGAUGCAAAGCUGCCGUCCCGUCCUUGCCGUCCCGCCCGGUGAUCACUCCAGAGCUCAUCGGCCACAGCGUCCACCUGAGGUGCUCCUUCAUCCCGCCGCCGUGGAACCAGCCGCUGGGCUUCCAGGUGGUCUGGGCCAGACACAUCGGCCACAGCAUGAAGGCCGAGAUCAGGCAGGAAUCCACGCUGAAGCCCUUCUCUCUGGUGGAGAUGGAUGGCGUUCACUUCAGGCUCGGAGAAACGUUCUCCUGCAGCGUCUUGACCUUCAGAGCCAACCUCAGCCACAGCAGAUCCUCUCCCAAAGAAAGUGAAGGUUUCUUCGCUGGGCUGAAGUUUUCUCCAGAAUCGCUCCACGUUGCAGAAAACAGCAAAGAGCACGAGGUGACCGUGCACAGCACGGUGCCCAUCUCCUGCAACGGCGUCGACCACAGCCACCAGUGCGGAGUCCCUCUGGCUCUGAGCGUGCACGACCCAGACAGCCUCGGACAUGAGGCCCCAAACGUGGCGCUGUCCGCCUGCCAGGUGGAGCUGCGGCCUCACGCCUGCAGCGAAGGAAGCUGCGGACGGGCGAGCUUUUUUGUCAGCGCCGUCACCGAUUUCACGCGCGACGGGAAUCGGCCGAGUCUGGUCGGUGUUCUGCCCGCAGCCAGCGCGCCACGACUCUGGAGAAGCUACGCCCCAACGUCUCUGAAAGUCACGGUCCAGGACGUCCCCACCUCCAUGUGCUACUCCCUGACUGACCCACAUGUCAUUACUCUGGACGGCAGGCGUUAUGAAAACCACCAAACCGGCACUUUUGUCCUUUACCGGAGCCUCGUCAGGGAGUUCGAGGUCCACUCUCGCCAGUGGGACUGCGGCAGCCGGCACUACGCCGUGGCCUGCAACUGCGGCGUCGCGGUGCGAGAAGGAAACGAAGUUGCCGUCUUCGACAUGUGCAACGGCCAGCCGCAGGAAACCAGGCCGCAGCUCGCCCUGAAGAACGCCGCUGACAGGGAGGGCGGCGGCGUCAGGGUGCUGGAGUCCCACCAGGGGAAGAAGGUCACCUUGAUCUUUCCCUCCGGGGCCUUUGUUAGGGCCGAUGUUGGCGAUUGGGGGAUGAGUCUGUCCGUACGGGCGCCGAGCGUUGACUUCAGCAACACGCGGGGCCUCUGCGGCACCUUCGACCGCAACGGCAACAACGACUUCCUCGGCUCUGACGGCGUCUCCUACGGGCCUGAUGACCUGCAUCGCUUCAUAGAGGACUGGAGGAUAGCUCCCGGGGAGAGUUUAUUCGACAAGACGCCUCCUGGCGCGACUCAAGAGGUCAGGAGGCCUUUCUGCCAGUGCCAGAAAGGAUACAGCACCUCCCAUCACGCCGGCAGAGGGAUGAGGAACCUGUACAAUCCGUCCGCUCACUCCGACUGCAUUGCGUACAAUAAUGUGGAUUACACAUCUGUGUUCCCGUCUAUGGACACAACAGUGGAGUACAUCAAGAGUCCAGAGCGGGAGGAGGGCAUCCUGGAUUUGUCUGCGUUUAGCAGUCAUCCUCUGGAGCGGAGGCGCCUUCGGUUUCACGCAGAGAACAAACAAAACAGUGACCUUGACGGUGAGUUCGGGGAGGAUUUUCUUUUUUCCACCGAAAGGCAGAGGAGACAGGCGUUGUUUGAAUUCAAGCCCGUCUUCACUGCUCAGAGCCUCAGCCAGGCCGAUCUGGAGAACUUUGCCUACUUCUUCCCAGAGGAUCAUUUAGCGGAAGCGCGUCCGGAGGUGCAGCCCCGGUGGCCCACGCCAAGCGGCCUGACCUCGGCCAAAGCUCUGGAGGUGUGCCAGAUCGCUUUGGCUAACUCAACCGUGGGCGCGGUGUGCAGACGGCUGCUGGGACGCCGGUUGGACGAGGCCGUGGAUCUCUGCAUGCUGGACCUGCAGCUCAAAGACGACCUGGGCUGGGAGGAGGCGCUGCUGCCGUACCUGGAGAACGAGUGCGAGAGGAGGCUGUUGGAAAACCGCACCCAGAGAGCGUUGGAGGUGGCGGGUCCGCCAGGAGCGUCCAGGGAGGUGGUGACAGCGCUGCGCUGCCCGAACUUCUGCAACGGCAACGGAGAGUGUACGGAGUGGGGCUGCCAGUGCGAUCCGAGCCACAGCUUCUACGACUGCAGCCUGGCCAUCAGCCAGCCGAUAGAGAUAACAGAUUUGGAGAACGGUGGACUGUGUGACAUCCGAGCCUUCAACUGUCGCAACAUUCGAGUCUUCGGCCUCGGCUUCAUCGACUCUCCUGACCUCAGCUGCCACGCCACCAGACUGAAGUACAUGAACGGAGUUUGGGUCCCGGGGGAAAAACAAAGAACGAAAGCCACGUUCCUCAGCUCCAAGGCUUUAGACUGUGCUGUGCCGUCUCUUAGCAACACGGCCGUCAACACAGAAGACUUCAUGAUGGACGAUAAACCGUACGCGCGCUGGGAGAUUAAGAUCACUAAUGACGGCUCCCAGUACAGUCAGGCCAAGGUGCUGACCAUCUACGACGGCGUUUGUCAGGUCUGCGAGGCGUCGCGCACAGGACUCUGUAAGUUAAAGGAGAGGACGUGUAACAUCGACGGGAUGUGUUUUGCAGAGGGAGACUCCAAUCCCAGCAGCCCCUGCCUCCUCUGUGACCCGGACACCUCCAAAUUCACCUGGUCUGUAAAUCAAGUCAACGAGCUGCCGACCUUUCACCAGCCUCGCAGCGCCCUGCGGACGUUUGCCGGGGAGAACUUUGUCUUCCAGUUCGCGGCCUCAGACCCUGAAGGCUCGGCGCUCCUCUUCCAGCUCGAGGAGGGGCCGAAGGGCGCCGUCCUCUCCCCCGCCGGCCUCCUGAUCUGGAGGGUGCCGUCUCUUUUUGGGGGGGAGAGUCGCUCUGUUCGCUUCACGCUGUCGGACGAGUGCAACGCCCAGAGCACCUUCACCGUGGAGAUCGACGUGGUGCCGUGUGGGUGUCAGAACGGAGGUACGUGCGUGACGGAUGUGAAUUUCCCCGCCGGCAGUGGGAAGUACCUGUGCGUGUGUCCUGAGGGGACGCAGGGCGACCUCUGCGAUGAGGACGUGGACGAAUGUCUGUCCGCUCCGUGCGCAGUCGGCAGGUGCAUCAACGCAGCCAGCGGGUACAGAUGCGAAUGUCCUGCAGGGCUGAGAGGUGUAACGUGUCUGGAAGAUAUCAACGAGUGUGAAAGGAAGCCGUGUUUCCCAGGAGUCCAGUGCAUCAACAGCUUUGGCUCCUACGGCUGCGGACCAUGCCCCAGUGGCAUGCUGGGAAAUGGGACAACAUGCACAGCAGUCGUGAGGCCGAUCGCCACAUCUGCUCCUCGUACGACGGUCUACAGGAUACCAGAUGUUCUGCUGCAGCCACCCAAAACAAAGACAGACGCUUUCCGGAAGACCUCGAGUGGAAGCUCCCCGCAGACGAGGGCCGAGGCCAGGAGGACGCCUCCAAAGACCGAUCCGAACCACAAACCACAAACUAAGACCCCCACAUGGAGACAGAUUCCAGGAAAUAGUCUGAACCCAGCGCUCAGAGAGGCAGAAACGAAGAACAUCAGCACAGUCACACCAAUCGUGUCCCGAACGAAGACAGACGCUUUGAAAAAAAGCCAAGCCAUGAACUCCUCCACCGACACUUUCAGGAACAUCUCCGGAGUUACACCGGACCAAAUCAAGCCUGAUCAGCCCAAAAUCAGCAACACUAUUGCCAAAAUACCCGCUGUACCCCAACCAUCGGGAAGUAUAUCCUCAGGAUCUGGUCAGUCUCUGGCUGUGAACGUGUCGCCCUCGUGUGCCAGCAGACCUUGCUUCCCCGGCGUUCAAUGCAUCAACCGCAGGCCGCCACACGUCGGCUACGUCUGCGGACGCUGCCCGCCCGGCCUUUACGGCAACGGACGCGUCUGCAUGAAGAACGCCAAGGAAGCAUCCAAUCACCUCCCUCAGCCGCAGAUCGGAGGCAAAACCAGCCGAUCUCCGCACGCAAGCAGCAGCAAAGUCUCCCAGCUGCACCUGCCCAACCUGCCCACCAGGCACGGCAUCAGACACCUGUCCUGGCCCGUCACCAGAGCGAACAGAGACAACACGCCACGCCAGGUUCUCGCUUCAGGGAGGGAAGGCGGGACGGGCAGGAGGGAGGCGGUCACUGUUGCUUCAAGAGAUGUUCCUCUGACAUCGGCCGGCGCCCUCGGCACUCACGUCACACGGCACAGUGGCAGAGCGGAUGCUAGGACGUACGGCAGAUCUAGCACGACGAUCGCCAGGGAUUUUACAUCUUCUCAUGUGACAGCUUUAAAGCAGUCUGAAGGAGCACUGACCGGCGCUACACCUUCGAGGGUAACACCACCAGCUCCUCACCUGUCCACUCAGACCUCCAAACAGACCACGCAGCCCCAGCUCAACCACCUGGCGUCCACCCAGACAAAACCUUGGACCCCUCCGAGACACGCCUUCCCACUAACAGCAGCCCUCACCGCUCUGUCUUACUCGCUGUCCGAGUCUGAGUUCUCAGCAGACGGAGAUGAACCUGGAACCGAAGGGCCAGACGUGCCGCUGACCUUCACAACACCAGGAAAGACAACAUCCCUCCUCCAAAGAGCUACCUCCAUCCAGCCAGAGGUUCAGAGUGGUACGACGGCAGACAAACAUGUGACAACUUGCGCCGAUCGUCCGUGUUUUCCCGGAGUCGCGUGUGAACCAGUCACGGAUGAUGGUUUCCGCUGUGGGAGGUGUCCUGUGGGAUACACCGGAGAUGGACGAGCUUGUCGAGCUGUUUGCAGGCACACGUGUGGUAGGAACAUGGAGUGUGCUGCGCCCAACACGUGCCGCUGUAAACCGGGCUACACCGGGUCCGACUGUGAGACAGCAAUCUGUGAGCCGGACUGUGCGAACGGGGGUGUGUGCAUCGCUCCGGGUGUGUGUCAGUGUCCCAGAGGGUUUCAUGGAGAAACCUGUCAGGAAGCUUUGUGCAGGUUACCAUGCGAAAACGGAGGCACCUGUGUGGGACUGCAGACCUGUUCGUGUCCUUAUGGGUUUGUUGGACCUCGAUGUGAGACCAUGGUGUGCAGCCGUCACUGUCAGAACGGAGGUCAGUGUGUGUCUCCAGACGAGUGCUUGUGUCCAAAAGGCUGGACGGGACCGUCCUGUGAGACAGCUCUCUGCUCUCCGGUGUGUCUCAACGGCGGUUCAUGUGUUCGGCCGAAUACUUGCGAGUGUCCUCAUGGUUUCUACGGUGCACAGUGUCAAAACGCUGUCUGCAGUCCUCCCUGUAAGAACGGCGGUCUGUGUAUAAGGAACAACGUCUGCUCCUGUCUGCAGGGAUACACCGGGAGGCGCUGCGAGAAAAGUGUGUGCGAGCCCAUGUGUAUGAACGGCGGCAGGUGUGUCGGCCCAGAUGUUUGCGAUUGCCCGUCAGGUUGGCGAGGGAAGAGAUGUGAUAAACCCAGCUGCCUGCAGAAGUGUCUGAACGGAGGGGAGUGUGUGGGCGCUAACACCUGCCACUGCGCCGCGGGCUGGCAGGGCAUGCUGUGUCAGAUCCCUCAGUGUGAGCAGAGGUGUCUGUACGGCAGUCGAUGUGUGCGUCCAAACGUCUGCGCCUGCCGGAGCGGAUACGCCGGAUCUCUUUGCUCCAAAAGGCUCCCUAUUUCCCGAGGUUAAGACCGACAAACACAGCUGGAGUUCAGUCAGCCCUGAUCGACCUUCAGGUGACACAAAGUCGUCCGCACGGAGCAUCAACAACAGGAAACCCGC